GCCAUCUUAUACUAAUCGCCGAUAAAGAGAGCGAGCGAGCGAGCGGCUCCCUCACAUCCUCUCCCCCAUCUCGCGUUGCCAUUAACGACGCUUCGAUCUCUCUCUCGGUAGUCUUCCAGAGAUGGGAUCUCGCCACGACAAAUAGAAGGCCGUCAACGUUCAGGUCCUCCUCCGCUGCAGGCCGUUCAACUAGGACUAGCUGUGGAACAACGCGCCGCAAGUUGUGACCGGCAACGACUAUCAUAGGGAGGUCUCCGUCACGCAGACCAUAGCGGGGAAGCAGUUCGAUCGCGUUUUCACAUUUGAUAAGGUCGUCCAACGAGGACGAGCUGCGAAACAACGCGUUGCAAGUUGUGACCUGCAAUGACUAUUCGAGGGAGGUCUCGGUCACAUAGAUCAUCGCGGGGAAGUAGUUCGAUUGGGUUUUCACAUUUGAUAAGGCGGGAGCAGCAAUUAGGGUUCUUGUUCUUCUUCUUGUUGCUGCGGAGCGUGGUUUCGUGUUGGAGGGCAGGCCAUUGAGAGAUUGGUGGAGAGGGGGGGGAUGAGUUCUGCACCAUUGCCCAAAUGGGCAUCGAAGCCCUGCAUCAUGGGCAUUGACGAAGCCGGGAGAGGCCCUGUUUUGGGUCCCAUGGUGUAUGGAUGCUUGUACUGCACGCUCUCGUACCAGAAGACCCUCGCCACAUUGAACUUUGCAGAUUCGAAGACUCUUAAGGAGGAAAAAAGGGAAGAGUUGUUUGAGAAUAUAAAAGCUGAUGAUUCUAUUGGAUGGGAAGUUGAUGUCAUAGAUCCAAGAGAGCUUUCAGCUAAAAUGUUAAAGAGGACAAAAAUCAAUUUGAAUGAGAUAUCCCACAAUUCAGCUAUUGGCCUUGUUAAAAGGGUUCUUGAUAUGGGAGUUCUCUUAACCGAGGUAUAUGUGGACACUGUUGGAGAUGCUGAGAAGUAUAGAGUCAAAUUAUCUGAAAAAUUUCCUGGUGUAAAAUUUGUGGUGGCCAAGAAAGCUGAUAGCCUUUAUCCUGUUGUUAGUGGUGCUAGUAUAGUUGCCAAGGUCACCAGAGAUAGAGCAUUGCGCAAUUGGGUCCUUGAUGAAACUGCUGAGAAUAUGCAAAGAAACUUUGGAUCCGGCUAUCCAGGAGACCCUGAAACAAAAGCGUGGUUAGACCGCCACAAGCAUAUGGUGUUUGGUUUUCCAACAAUAGUGCGCUUCAGUUGGGGAACAUGCAAGCCUUACUUCAAGGAUUUUGUUGAAGUAGUUUGGGAGUCUGACAAAAUGGAUGAAGAUUGCCCCAACAAUGGAAGGAGUAAACACCAGCAAAAGUUGUCUGAUCUUGGUUUCACUGGAUACAAAAGGAAAAGCGAAGAUAUUGAAUCCAGCGGUAAAGGCCGUUGUAAGUUCUUCCAAGCUCGCAAACUCCAAUUGGUAUCUAAAUUCUAGUGAUGCUUUUGGCCAUUGAUAUCAAGGGUUCACUAUUGGUGAUCAGCCAAAUCUGAUUUUAAGACGGAUCUCAUGGUCAUGUUACCAGAUAUCUACACUUUGUUGUACUUUGUAGCGACUACCAUUUGCCAUUUAGUUGAAAAGCUCAGGUCUCUAUUUAAACACAAACCCUCUUUUUGAUAUAACGGAUACAAAUUGUUGCCCCUUCCUUCA